CCGGGUUCACGAGCUUUCGAGCAAAACGGAGCAUUUUUUGGGAGGCUAAUACGUGGAAAAUAUUAAUUAUAUCAGGUUAGUGUUGUGCAAAAGAGCAUCUACUUAUUGUGAAGUUACUGAUAAGAGUUACAAUGAGAUUGAUAAUUGUGGGGCUUUUGGGGCUCCUCUUCGCCUUCGCCGGAGGCGUGGAUAAGAAUAAUUUCAAGAAUUGUGACCAGAGCAGUUUCUGCAGACGCUGCCGGAAGAUUGAACCCGGAAAUUCUCCUUACGAGGUUCAACUGGCCACGGCGAAGACCUUUCCGGAUCACCUUACAGUGGAUGUGGUGAAUAAGGAAAACGAUCAUGUGUUCCUCCUGAAACUGGUUGGCUUGAAGGGGAACAAAUUCCACGUGGAGAUUGACGAAAAGACUCCCUUGAAGCCCCGGUAUCGUGUCGUGGACGCUCUAAAAGGCCCCCCGGCAACUGAUAACGUGGCCGUGAAGAAAGAAGAUGGAUCGAUAAGUGUGGAAUGCGGAGGAAAUCGCGCUGUUAUUGUGGCAUCACCUUUCCGGAUUGAUUUCUACAAUGGGGAAGUUUUGGUGGUGUCCACAAAUGCGAAGGGACUCAUGAAAUUCGAACACCUCAGAAAGAAACCAGAACCUGCUCCUCUGGAAGGCGAAGAGACGGCUGAGGAAGUGCCGAGCGAGGAGAACAAUGUGGUACAGCCCAAGACUGAAGAGGAAGCGGAUCCUGGAGCGUGGGAUGAAAACUUCAAGUCGCACCACGACAGCAAACCGAACGGUCCAGAGGCGAUCGCAAUGGAUUUCACCUUUCCUCAAGCUGAGGUGCUGUUUGGCAUUCCUGAGCAUGCGGAUUCCUUUGCUUUGAAGCCCACGCUGGGAUCGGAACCGUAUCGGCUGUACAAUUUGGAUGUGUUUGAGUACGAAUUGGACAGUCCGAUGGCCCUUUAUGGGGCUGUUCCGGUCCUUUAUGGUCACGGAGAAGGUAACACAGCUGGAGUUUAUUGGCAAAAUGCAGCAGAAACUUGGGUGGACAUCUACAAUGCUAAUGCGAAGAAGAAUGUGAUGUCGUCGAUUGUGAAUUUCGUGUCCAGGAAUCGCCAAACUGAUCCUCCAGCGGGCCAUUUCAUGUCUGAGAGUGGUAUUGUGGACUUUUUUGUUCUCUUGGGCCCCACGCCUAUGGACGCCUUCACGCAGUACACGGAUCUCACUGGCGUGACUGCUUUGCCGCAAGUUUUCAGCCUGGGAUACCAUCAGUCCCGAUGGAAUUACAACGAUGAGAUGGAUGUGGCGAGUGUGAACGAUAAGUUUGAUGAGCAUGACAUUCCAAUGGACACCAUGUGGCUGGAUAUUGAGUACACGGAUGCCAAGAAGUACUUCACGUGGGACGAUCACAAGUUCCAGCAUCCUUUGGAGAUGAUCAAGAAUCUCACGGAGCGCGGUCGUCACCUGGUUAUAAUCAUUGAUCCUCACAUUAAGCGUGAUGGUGGAUAUUUCUUCCACAACGACUGCACUGAUCGCGGAUACUAUGUGAAGAACAAGGACGGACGUGAUUACGAAGGAUGGUGCUGGCCAGGAGCCGCCAGCUAUCCGGACUUCUUCAAUCCCGAAGUGAGGAAAUAUUACGCAGAUCAGUAUCAGCUGGACAAUUUCCAGACAACAACGGCAGAUGUGAUGCUGUGGAAUGACAUGAACGAGCCGUCAGUGUUCAAUGGACCAGAAGUUACCAUGCUGAAGGACAACAUUCACUUUGGAGAUUGGGAGCAUCGCGACGUGCACAAUAUCUACGGUCACAUGCACGUGCUGGCGACCUUCGAAGGCCUCAUGCGUCGCAGUAAUGGCGUUCAGCGACCCUUCAUUCUCUCGCGAUCCCACUUUGCCGGCACGCAGCGAUACGCGGCUAUCUGGACGGGCGACAAUGCUGCCGAGUGGGGCCAUCUGCAAGCCUCGGUGAAGAUGUGCUUGUCGGAAUCUGUGGCUGGCAUGUCUUUCUGUGGCGCUGACGUUGGUGGGUUCUUCGGGAAUCCCGAUGCUGAACUCUUCGAGCGAUGGUACCAGGCCGGAGCGUUCUUACCAUUCUUCAGGGCGCACUCCCACAUCGACACGCGUCGCCGGGAGCCGUGGCUCAUGCCAGAAGCCACAAUGCUUGUUAUACGCGAUGCAAUUCGCCGGCGCUACAGCUACCUUCCCUUCUGGUAUACACUCUUCUACGAGCACGAAAAGACAGGAUAUCCAGUGAUGCGACCUCUCCUCACUCACUACCCGCUCGACAAGGAGACUUUCACCAUUGACUACGAGUAUCUUCUGGGUGAUGUGUUGCUCGUGCGUCCUGUUCUGCAGCAAGGAGUGUCCAAGGUGGACGUGUACUUCCCUUCAGUCGAUGGGAAGAAGGAGGGUGAUAUUUGGUACGAUGUGGACGACUACAGGAAGAUCACAACGGCUGGAUUUGAGACGGUGCCCGUGAACAAUUACAAAAUCCCUGUGUAUCAGCGCGGAGGAACAAUCUUGCCGAAGAAAGAGCGCGUCAGGAGAGCAGCAACACUCAUGAUUAACGAUCCAGUCACUCUCGUCGUGGCUUUGGAUAAUAAUCACUCGGCCAAAGGAACACUGUAUGUGGACGAUGAGAAGACUUAUGAUUAUCGCAGUGGAAAGUACAUCUACGUCAGUCUGGAGUUCAAAGACAACGUCCUGACUUCUAGGAAAAAUGACGAGAAGGCCAAUUAUGAUACCAAAUCAUGGGUGGAGCGCGUUGUGAUUGUCGGACUGGAGCACGUGCCGAAAUCAGCAACGUUAAGUGUGAGUGGAGAGCCUCAGACUGUGACACUUGAGGUCAACAAACAUGACCAGAGUGUCAUCAUCCGGAAGCCUGGGGUUGUUUUGUCACGAAAGUGGUCCAUUCAACUCAACUAUUAGUUGAUCAACACUCAGUAAUCAUUGUUUUUACACGUGGAGUAUAUUGAAUCAAGUAAUGGCGAUGCGCAGAGCCAACGUAAGUGAUUUAAAGUUGACCUAGAAAAGUGAGUAAAUGUAUUUCCGUUUUUUCUUCGUAUCACAAAAAGAAAAUUAAAAUUAAUGAUUCUUAGGAAAA